GAGCGGGGCUGUGGGGGGACACGGGCACCCCCCGGCUGAGCGCCGUGCCGGGCGGGACAGGGGCCCCGCGGGUGCCCUCCGCUAGAGGAGGGGACGUGGGGCUCAGCAUCUCCCCGAAGGCCGGCGGAGGGGACACAUGUGCUGCUCUCCCCCGAACGCGCCUGCCUCGGGCAGAGCGCAGCUCUGGGAUGCUCUUCCGAGGCAUCGCUGCUACUUUGCUCUGAACGGGGACCAAACCCUCGCUGAUAACUAUCGCAACAAAAGAGCGAAUUUGGAUAAAGGCAGGGAGGGAGCUCCCUAAAGACAUGCUCACGCUUUGGUGCAUCUCUGCCCGGCGUUCUUCUUCCGUAUUAAAGGUCUCCAGCCCCGCAUGGAAGUGCGAUCUGACCUGAGCUCUCUCAUGCCUUGUCUCACUCUUCUCCCCUCCUAAAACCUCCUCCUGAAGGAUGGCAGCCGCCUCUUUCCGCUACGGCCUGACCAUCACGGGGGCCGUGCUGCUGGUGACGGGGACGCUGUGCUUUGCCUGGUGGAGUGAUGGGGAGGUGGGCUCUGGCGGCGGGGCUCGCCUCCUGCCUCCCCGGGAAGCCGAGGCCGUCCCCAGCUCCUCCUCCUCCAGCGCCCUGCUCCGCUCCGUCAGCUUCUUCUGCUGCGGCAUCGGCGGCAUCCUCCUCAUCUUCGGCCUCCUCUGGUCCGUCAAGGCCAACGCCAGGGUGGUGUCCCGGCGCUACCAGUACCAUUUCCCCAGGGACCUGCAGUACUUCACGGCGGAGCCUCCGGAGAAGUGGAACUGCAGCAACUGGGACGCCAGUGCCAUCCCCACCUAUGAAGAAGCCUUGACUUGCAGACCUGCCCACGGUGCCCCGGCCUAUGUGCAGCCUCCGGGGAGGAAGGAGGAGCCCACGCCGCCCCUGUACCGCUACCUGGAGGAGGACGAGAGCUGGCAGGGCGGCCGCCGGCGCAGCUCCUCGGACAGCGCCCUGUUCCGCCCCAGCCCGUCCUGGCUGGACGAGCCCGAGGAGCCGCAGGCAACGCCUCCCCCCAGCUAUGAGAACAUCAGCGGGGUCAGAGGGGUCUGAGCUGCCCGGAACGGGACUCUGCGGGUGGCUGCCCAGUCCCUCAGCUUUAAACUGAGCCUCUUCUUUGUGGGGGUGAGAGGAGGGUGGGCGAGGAGUGGGAAGGGUCAGCCCGGCUUUCCUGGCUGUCCGAGGGGUGGAUCCGGCGCUGCUGGGAUCGUGGGUCCUGCAGGUGAUGUGUUCAGAGCGCCGGGGGCAACUGGCAUGUUUGGAAGCUUUCAUAUUUUUAAUAAAACCACUGCUGGUUUCAGAGGCUUUGGAUUCCCUGCUCUGGCCCACCCUGGGGAGCUCCUGUCAGGCCCACUCAAUAAUAAAUCUGAGGCAAAUCUGGCCAGAGAAAGCUCAGCUCCGUCUGCACCUUCCACUCCUCUGCCUUUGCAAUGCCCCUUCCAGCCCUGUCUCCAUGCAGUGCCUUCCACCCUGCUUCCCUAAAUACUGACUCACUUCAUUUGGUGUCAGGGAUGCUCACUGGGUCGUGCCUGUGGUCAGAGCAUCCAAGUGCACUUGGCAUUUCAGGCAGCCUCCUGGAAAAGCCAUGCUGGGUGGCACAGCCCCUCUCCCUCCCUGCCCUCCACGGCCAGGUGUGCAGCCUUGCCCAGAGGAAAGGCCAGCUGUGGC